GUGGGACGUCAGCGAUGCGUAAGGAGGUGAUCAGGAAUAAGAUCCGUGCCGUGGGGAAGAUGGCUCGAGUCUUCUCCGUGCUCAGGGAGGAGAGUGAGAACGUGUUGACGCUGAAAGGCCUCACCCCGACCGGGACUCUUCCUGUGGGAGGUGUUGUCGGGGGGGAAGCAGACCCUACAGACUGCCAUUCAAGAUAUCUCCCCCACGAGGAAGAUCCGAAACUUCGAGGAGGCUCGCGGUCUAGAUCGUAUCAACGAGAGGAUGCCGCCGCGAAAAGACGGGAAGACACCCGACAGCAUCAACACCAACAAGAACGGCACCGACGGAUAGGGAACGGAAACACCUUCCUCUCCAUUUCACCUCCCCCUCUUCCUCUCUCUGUCCUCCCCCUCUACUGAAACUGCCUCUCCCUCGUCUUCAUCAGUAGAAAGACGAGGGAAAGAAGCGGACUCGUCGGUAGAUCAAACGCAGGCGUCGGCGCUGAGAAACAAACAGGCGCUCUAAAGGGAGGGAAAGUAUUUAUUAAAGAUUACAUAUAUUAGAUUUAGUAGCGACAUUCAAUGAAGACACUUUGCAGGCGUAUCUAAAAGAUUAUUUUAUAAACUUGAGUUGGGACGGAUAGAUGGAUCCAAGCAGUUUUAGUUUCCUUUUAAAAAUAAUUGUUCUCCAUGUGUUUGGGAAAGAGCACAGUUAACACUUCUACAAACAGAGCAGUGUUUCCUUGUGUGUUUCUACGCUUUCCGACGGGUGCGAACACGCGUCAACAAAACUCUUCCAUCAGGAGAAACACGCUGCAGCUUCAGAAAGGACGCAGAUAUAAAAACACAAAUGUUCCCGAAACAUCUUCAGCAGCUUGACAACACGUGCAGCGUUUAGAGAACUGUCUCUGUUGUUGGAAACUUACCUGAAAUGUUUUAUGGUCUUAUUUUAACAAUGUGAUCACAUGACUCCUUCUGAUGUUACUGCAG